UCCUGAGAUUCAACGAUAGUUCAGAGGUGAACUUCACCUUCGAGGUUAACCCUGCCAACAACGUUCAUUUCGGCUACAGCGUCUACACCAUGCAAGUGCCGUAUACACUCAGCUUCGGCUUGCCACAGCGCUUCAGGGUCGACGGCUAUACGAGGUUCCCGGACAAUGACAAAGGCCGCCUCCCCCCUUUUGACCGGUUACGUCACGGUUAAUAUGCAGAGCUUGGAGUGUUUCGACGAUCUGAAUUUGGAUGACGUCACCCUCAUGCCGCCCUGUCUCUUCACUGCAUCGACAGCCGUAGAUGCAGACCAUAGUCCUGACCAUGCCAGGCUGUCAAGCUCGAGACCGUGGGCCCCACGGGUGUCAGCGGAGGCGCAGUGGGUGCAGGUGGACAUGGUGAACCAGCACCGAGUGACGCAGUUUCGUCACCUGGCGCAUCCCGAUUAUCAUCAGGCGGUGACAAUCGCCGUGAUGAUAUCUGGUGAUGGCAUCUUGUGGCGGCGGGCAGAAGAGAUUACUCUUCCCGAGCAAACGGAGGCAUUUGAAUAUCAAUUCCAGACUGCACUGGAGGCAAGAUACUUCAGGUUCAUUAUGAAGACGUGGUCCGGAGGAAGCGAUCUGAGCGGGUUCCGCUUCGACCUCCGCGGUUGCCCGCUCGGCUCCGACAGGAAGCCGGAGGACGUUUGCUCGACGCCCGUUCGCCCCCUGGCAGGCGCUGCAGCUUUCUCCGGGCGCCACUUCGCCGUCGACACUGCCAACAACGUGGUGUACGCAUGCGAAGUGCCGGUCGGAAGGAACGUGACCCAGUGCUUUUAUUCGUCGGACAAUGCAGUGAGCUGGGCUCGGACCCCGUCUUUCGUCACCACUGUGUUGGGUUUCUGGCCUGAAGCUAUCAAAGUUUAUGUCACAGCCGCCUCGCCCGUCGACGGCCUCUUCUUCACGAGCGACAUGGGUGUCACCUGGACUCCAACCACACAGGUUGACUUUGAUACAGCGAAGACAUCGGCUACCUGGGUGCCGGCCAUUCCAGUGCCUUACGAUGCCCCUAGCACUAGCAUCCGGCAAACGCUGGGUGCCUGGUCUGCUGACACGCUGGGAAUCUUCAAGGACGGGCAGAUAGUGGUGUCAUGGGCUGCCUGCUGCUCGCUCUUCGCCGUGUGAUAGACGUCGAUGUUCAGCCCAUUCCUUGUUUUGCCGGUCUCUCUUUGGAUCUGCUUGUCACUCUCCUCUGCUCUUUCUCAGAAUGUAUACACACCUUUAUUUGCUUUCUGGUAUAUAUAUAUACAUAUAAAUAAAUAUAUAUAUAAAUAUAUAUAUGGGUGGGGGUGGGUCACUCUCAUAUUUGUUUAUUUCUCCCUCUUUAUCUUUAUUGUCUUCUAGUGACUAUGUCGGUAACAUUGCUUCUCUUCUCUUUUCUUAUUACCCCGACAGUCCUUGCCCUUUAGUUUUCCAAUUCAUUCGUCUCGAACCCGUUUCUUCGGGUUCUCUCCUUUUUUAUAUCUUUUACAAACAUUUCCAGACAUAUAUAAACCCAUUGAGAAUUUACAAUAUCAUGUAAUGGAAUCAUAAAUGACUCAGAUGCAAUAAAAAAAAAUGCACA